UAUGGCCGCGACCACGCACGAUAUCUUAAGCAGGUGGUACUACUACUUGCGUGGAUAGCUAUGAAAAUAUGGCUACUUUUUCAAAAAGACGCUUAGAAAUUACGGGAGCUACUGCUCUGGCUGUCGCUAGCCUUUACAUUCUUAAGAAAUAUGGACCUUCUGUGGGACGAAGGAUCUUGAAUAAACUACAACAUGGAAGAAAAGCGAGAUUGGCCAUAGUAGAGUCGAGUUCAGGAUCAAAAGUAAACCAAAGGACCGCAGCUUUGGACUCUACAUUCAUUUUACAAGCGUGGAGGCUAUUGAAGAUUCUUUUCCCUGGAAUUUGGACGAAACAAGUUGGAUUGUUGUUGCUUCAUUCAGUUUGCCUUUUUGUCAGGACUUUUCUAUCGAUCUACGUGGCGACUCUCGACGGUCGAAUAAUAAGAUCGGUAGUCCAGAAAAAUGUCUUCAAGUUUGUUUUGUUAUUGACUAAUUGGAUUGGCGUUGCCAUUCCAGCAACUUUCAUUAACAGCAUGAUUCGAUAUCUGGAGAGCAAACUUUCGCUAGCCUUCCGAACAGAGUUGGUGAAUUACGCUUACGAUAAUUAUUUCUCUAACCAAACCUACUAUCGUGUUGGGAACUUGGACGGGCGACUAGCAAAUGCAGACGAGUGUUUAACAGAAGAUAUACGCAUGUUUUGCAGUUCAGUCGCUCAUCUUUACUCUCAUCUCACCAAACCUUGCCUAGAUAUUUUUGUUAUUUGUUGGACCUUGGAUGGAAUGGCCAGAAAGAGAGGAACUUCGUGGAAGGUACCAGUCACCAUAGCUGCUGUGGUGAUUUAUCUUACUGCGGAGAUUUUAAGAAAGUUAAGUCCCAGGUUCGGCAAGAUUGUCGCCGAAGAGUCACAGCGGAGGGGUCAGCUUAGAUUCCUUCACUCUAGAGUGAUUACAAAUGCUGAGGAAAUAGCCUUUUAUGGUGGCCAUAAGGUUGAACUGUCAUUAUUGAAACAAAGUUUUCAAUCAUUAGCACAACAAAUGGAGUUGCUCUUCAGCAAGCGUUUGUGGUUCAUCAUGCUGGAACAGUUCUUAAUGAAGUAUGUGUGGAGUGCAUCAGGUCUUGUCAUGGUUGGAUCAAGCAUAUUGACAGGAAAAGGGACUGAAAAAGAACAACUGGGGCCAGCAGAUCAAGGUGUAAGUGAAAGAACUGAACAUGUAACAACAUCACGCUCGCUGAUGGUUUCUGCUGCAGAUGCCAUAGAAAGGGUCAUGUCUUCUUACAAGGAGAUUAUAGAGCUGAGUGGUUACACAGCCAGAGUAUCAGAGAUGCUUGAUGUUUUUGAAGAUGUUCAACAGGGGCACUGUGAACGACAGAUCUCACGAGAGUUGACACAGGUGGAGGACUCUGCUCUUGAGGAAAAGGAGCAUUCCAGUGUGGGGGUACAUGGUGAAGUUGUUGAUUUAAAUCAAAUGCCUGGUGGUGAAGUAGUGGAUACAGAGGGUAGUAUUGUCCUGAAAGAUGUUGCUAUUAUCACGCCAUGUGGUGAUGUGGUUGUGUCAAGUUUAUCAUUUGAGAUGGAACCAGGAAUGCAUCUGUUGAUCACAGGUCCAAAUGGUUGUGGUAAAAGUUCAUUAUUUCGUAUUCUCGGUGGUCUGUGGCCAGUUUACAAAGGAUUCUUAGCAAAACCUCCCCCAAGCCACAUGUUCUACAUACCACAAAGACCCUACAUGCCUAUUGGUUCACUUCGUGAUCAAGUGAUUUACCCUCACACUUUUGAAGACAUGCAUGUCCAUGGCAUUACUGAUGAUGACUUAGAGACUAUUUUGACCACAGUUCACCUGCAGUACAUCAUCAAAAGAGAAGGAGGGUGGGAUGCCAUCAAGGAAUGGAAGGAUGUGUUCUCAGGUGGAGAAAAACAGAGAAUGGGAAUGGCACGUCUCUUCUAUCACAAGCCACAGUUUGCUCUUCUUGAUGAGUGUACUAGUGCUGUGAGCAUUGAUGUUGAAGGGAGUAUUUUCCAAGCUGCCAAAGAUGAAGGCAUAAGUCUGUUAAGCAUCUCACACAGACCUUCACUCUGGAAAUUUCACACACAUUUGCUACAGUUUGAUGGAGAAGGUGGAUGGCGCUGGGAGGAACUGAACACUGCCACCAGACUCACACUGAAUGAAGAGAAACAGAAACUUGAAUCCCAGCUUGCAGGAGUUCCUAAGAUGCAGCAAAGAUUACAGGAGUUGUGUUCUCUUCUUGGGGAGGACUCAGUUUUGUGUAUAAAAAAGUCAUAAAAAGAUGGCAGAAUACCUUGGAAACCUUAACUUCUUUAUUGGUGCUGUGAUUUUAGGCUGGUGAACAAGCUGACUCAUUAAAGCCAGCAGAAUGCGCAUGUGGUAGAACCAAUGAGAAAGCCUGCUUUCACACUAUGCAUUUCCCUCAUCCCAUUUUAUUAAAUUUGUUAUUUGCUGACAUUUUCAAAAGGAAAACAUUGAUAAUUUAUUUAGACAUUGAAUUAAACUUAUUCUAAACUUAAACCUAGGCAUAGAUUAUAGCCACUUCCAUUGGUACACUUAAUAAAACAUAAUUGUUAAUGGUUACUGGUUAAAGAGAUCAGGUGAUUAUU